AUGAUCCAUCGGAGCCUACACUUGUACGAUCGCCUGGAAAAUAAAAUUGCAAUAAAUAACGCGCCAAAAUCACACCAAGGAGAAGGAGCAGUGAGCGGGAAAAGGAAGAGAAGUGGGUGGGAGAAGGAAGAGCAGUGUGCGUGGGAGGAGAAGGAGAAGUGGGUGGGAAGAGGAAGCACAGUGGGCGGGAAAAGGAGAAGCAGUGGGUGGGAGGAGAAGGAGCAGUGGGCGGGGAAAGGAAGAGCAGUGGGCGGGAGAAGGAAGAGCAGUGGGUGGGAAGAGAAGGAGCAGCAGGCAGGAAAAGGAAGAGAAGUGGGUGGGAGAAGGAAGAGCAGUGUGCGUGGGAGGAGAAGGAGAACAUAUGGAUCCAUAGACGUAUUUAAGAAGGACACGAGGACGGACGCCAUGAUGGAGAAUCCUUAUCCCCAGAAUUCCCUACAGGAAGAUCACAACAUCUCACAGCAGAGUGGCAGCUGGAUUCCGGUCAAAGCUAACGUGAAAGAGGAAACAGAAGAGCCGUAUAUGAGGGGUGAUGUGCUGUAUCCCAGGGACACUCAGAGAGACGUCAAAGCUGAGGAAGAAGAAGAAGAAGGACGUGUGAGGAUCAAAGAGGAGGAAGUUCCUCUGGAGAUCAACGCAGGCAUCUCAACUAACAUGUCAAAGCUCCUCAAUCACACUUGUCUUGCCACGGAUGAAAAUGUGAUUGUUGUUAAAGUUGAAGUGAAAGAAGAAACAGAAGAGCCGUAUGUGAGGGUUGAUGAGCCGUGUAAGGAGGAGGAAUGUUCUCCAGAGGUCAGCACAGAUGGACUGCAGAGCAGUAAGGAUGAAGAGAAAUGUUCCGUUAUCUCCCCGAAAGCUGCAAUAGAAAAUGAUGCCGUUGGAUGUUAUUCUAUAGAAGAGAAGCUCUUUCCAUCCAUUCUCCAUCCAGAGCAUCACAGCACCAAUCGAUCCUCCAAUCCCUUUAUUUAUAGCUUUCCAGACCACCAUCCAGCUCAAAGAGGAGUGGAAAUGUUCCAUUGUACCGAGUGUGGCGCCCAUUUUACCGACAGAACACAACUUCUUUCACACCGGAGGUCUCACGCGGAGAAGGAAUUCUCGUGCCGCGAAUGUGGCAAAUGCUUUACCCGUAAAUCGACUCUGACCAAGCACAAAAGGGUUCACACUGGAGAGAAGCCAUUUUCCUGCUCAGCGUGCGGGAGGUGUUUUUCUGCGAAAGACAAACUCGUCAUACACCAGAGGAUUCACACCGGGGAGAAGCCCUUUCCCUGUUCAGAGUGCAGCAAGUGUUUCAGGCAAAAGUCCGACCUGGCUACUCACCGCCGGAGCCACACGGCUGAGAAACCAUUUUCUUGUUCAGACUGCGGGAAGUGUUACGCGUGGAAGGACCUAUUAAUCAAGCACCAGAUGAGCCACACAGGGGAGAAGCCAUAUUCCUGCGGUGUGUGCGGGAAGAGGUUUACUGAGAGGGCGCUGCUUUCCAUACACGAACGAGUGCACACGGGAGAAAAGCCGUAUACCUGUUCGGAGUGUGGCAAACGUUUUACCUGGCGGGCGUCCCUUGUCUCGCACCAGAGGACUCACACGGGGGCCAAGCCUUUCUCAUGCUUGGAGUGCGGAAAAUGUUUUGCCAAUAAAGGAAACCUUUCCGCACACCAGAUAACUCACAUCAACCACCAUCCGUAUUCGUGUUCAGAGUGCGGCAAAGGGUUUACACAGAAAUCAAAUCUGGUUAGACAUGAGAGGGUCCACACUGGCGUUCAGCCAUAUGCCUGUUCUGAAUGCGGGAAACGGUUUACGAGGAAAUCCACCCUUAUGUCACAUCUCAGCUCUUACGGGACAUAA